CAAAGAGCUGUCAAAAUAUCGAAUACAUAAUCGUCGUUCGCUGUGGUGGACCGCGAUUUCAGUGAAAAAUUCAGUGUUUUCAGUAGAUAAACCCGAUUCUAAAGCGCGGACAGAUGUCCCACCUAUUGCGCAGCCUGGGCCGGCUGGCCAUCAGCAACUCCAAUCGCCUUGUUCCGGCGCUGACCGCUCUUCCGGCGACAUCCACAAAUCAGUUCCACACGAGCAGCACGUUGUCCAAGAAGUGGAACGGCCACAGCACCGGUCCCAAGCGAUGGCUCGAGUACAACAAAAUCAUUUACCCACCGCAGGAAGCUGACGAGAAGCCCAGGCCAGCUUUCGUCUGCCACCAGAAGACCAACAUCAAGUACAGCCCGAAGAAGAUGUGGUACAUUGCCAGUUUCGUGAGGGGAAUGUCCGUAGAUGAAGCCAUCAAGCAGCUGUCGUUUAUCGACAAGAAGGGUGCGACCACCGUCAAGGAAGCGAUCCUGGAAGCCGUGGAACUGGCCGUCAAGCGCCACAAUGUGGAGUUCCGUUCGAACCUGUGGGUGGCGGAAUCGUUCUGCGGCAAGGGCCGGGUCUUCAAGGGAUUCCGGCGACAUGGUCGGGGUCGGUUCGGAGAGGUCGAGUACAAACACUCGCACUACUUUGUCCGGCUGGAGGAGGGAAGCCCGCCGGAGAACUACUAUCCGGGACAGGAGCAGAAGAGUGGCGACCAGAUGCUGCAGGAGUGGCUGGAGUCCAUGCGGAAACGGAAGGUUAUCCAUUCGUUGUAAAGCAUUUGCGGGAAUAAAGAGAUAGUUUCGAAUUCAAAA